AUGUCUAUAUUCAAGCUUAUGGUAAUCUAUUUUACCCUCUUCUGGGUUGUCAAUGCUGCUCAGCUCCUUGACCUCGACUCACACGGCGUCAUCCCAGGCGCGUACAUCGUUGUGAUGAAGAAUGGUGUCUCUUCUCAUCAAUUUUCCUCUCACGUCCGUUGGUUGAAGAGAGCUCACCGUCGAAACCUGGCCAAGCGCGUUGCUCCAUUUACAGAAGGACUCAGCUCUACCUGGGAUAUUGCAGGAUGGCAGGCCUACAGCGGCAGCUUUGACAAGGACACCAUCCAGGAGAUCUUGAACCACGAGAAUGUGGAAUUCGUUGAACCAAAUAGAGAGAUGAAGGCUGCCUCUACUAUCAAGCAGGAAAAUAUCACCUGGGGCCUUGCACGUAUCUCUCACAUGGAGAACUUCAGCCAUGACUACGUGUCUACAUAUGGAGAAGGAGAGAACCUCACCUUCUAUGGAAUCGAUAGUGGUAUCGACAUCCAUCAGUCUGACUUCACUGGCCGUGCUCGCUGGGGUAUCAACGUCGCAGACCACAUAGACAUCGACUGCAUUGGCCACGGAACUCACACUGCUGGCACAGUUGCCGGUCAGAGCUUUGGUAUCCUCAAGAAAGCAUCUAUUGUCUCUGUCAAAGUUCUUGACUGCUAUGGUCAUGGUGAUACAACCAAAUACAUUAACGGGCUUAACUGGGCUAUCAACGAUGCCAAAAAACGCGGCCUUCUAGGCAAGUCCGUCAUGAACAUCAGCCUCGGCACUGGACGCUCUAGAGCUGUGAAUGAGGCCACAGUACGUGCACAGGAAGCAGGAAUCUUUAUUUCUGUUGCUGCCGGUAAUAAUGCUAUAAAUGCUGAGUUCCUCUCGCCUGGCUCUGCCCCUGAACUCUGUACGGUGGCUGCAAGCACCAGAAACGAUACCAGAGCAUACUUCUCAAACUACGGAGCGCUCAUCGACCUGUUCGCGCCAGGAGAGUACAUUCGGUCCACUUUACCCCAUAACCGCACCGGAAUCAUGUCUGGGACUUCUAUGGCAGCUCCUCAUGUCUGUGGUAUUGGUGGACUUAUCAUGGCUGCUGAAGGUCUUGCUCCUGAGCAAGUCUGUCGCCGCCUCAAAGAGCUUGCCAAUCCGGCCAUCAAAUAUGCCGGAUUCAAUACCACUGACAAGCUUCUUUACAACGGCAGCGGAGCAUGA